UCCACCCACACACACACUCAUCAAUCCAACCAAUUCCCGCGUACCGUCAGAAGAUCCGCGUAUCCCAAUUCCAUCAGCAGCAGCAUCAUCAUCACUGUCCCUUCGUCGCUGUCGUUCGUCGCUGUUCUCUGCCAAGGGGGGGAGCAUAAGGAGGUAACACACACCACGCUAUGCCUAUUCCGGUCCGAUACACCGCCGUGCCCCCACUCGUCACGCAUUACCCAUGUCAUGUUAUGUCAUGUCAAGUCCCGGUCGCGGUCUCACCUGGAUCCGCCAUUCCGUACAUUAUAUCAUCCCGCCGUGUGUGUGUGUGUUGGUGUGGUGUAUGUAUUGCAAAGCACUGACUAAUUGCGCAACAAGUCUUGGCGGGCUGCGUCAUUCUCAAUCUCAACUUCAGUCUCAGUCUGCAUCUGCGUCACUUUCGGCGUGUGUGUCAGCUCAGUUACAAAGCUUUGGAAAUUCAAUGUGGGGAUUUGAAACAGAGAAAAGGAAUAUGAGAAAUCGUGAGAAAGGAUAGGCGGUACGGGGCGGCGCGGGAAGGGUAGCGUCCGGUUCUGGGGGAGGUUGGGCGGGGAGGUUUGA